AUGCAGCACGCUUGUGGAAUGCCCACAGCGGCCUUUACGCCCGCCACCAGGCCUCCCAAGGCCCGCAGCAGCCCCGGCAGCAGCAGCCUAGCAGCCUCCCAGCAGCAGCAGCAGCGUCCCAGCCGCCCAGGCCGAGUGCUGCGCUUGUCGGCGGCGGCGGUGGCAGCGGCGGCGCCGCCAGAGGCCCCCGUGCUGCCCUUCCGCGUGGGCCACGGCUGGGACCUGCACCGCCUGGAGCCGGGCUACCCGCUGAUCGUGGGCGGGGUGGAGAUCCCACACGACCGCGGCUGCGUGGCGCACUCAGACGGCGACGUGCUGCUGCACACGGUGGUGGACGCCAUCCUGGGCGCCCUCUGCCUGCCAGACAUCGGCCAGCUGUUCCCCGACACCGACCCCAAGUGGAAGGGCGCCCGCAGCGACAUCUUCCUGCGGGAGGCGGUGCGGCUGAUGGGCGAGCGCGGCUACGCGGUCGGCAACAUCGACUGCACCAUCAUCGCGCAGCGCCCCAAGAUGUCGCCCCACAAGGAGGCCAUCCGCGACAACCUGUGCCAGAUGCUGGGCGCGCACCCCAGCGUGGUGAACAUCAAGGCCAAGACUCACGAGAAGGUGGACAGCCUGGGGGAGAACCGCAGCAUCGCCUGCCACGCCGUGGUCAUGCUGCUGAGGCAGUGA